AUCUAUCGCUUAAAGGCAGACGCAGAGGAAGAUUAGAAGGAGUGAUGACGCGGUAGAGGGAGUGUACCCUGGACAUAAAAGACCCUUGUCUGUCUCUGUGGUUCAUGCUCAGAACGACUGAGCCUCUACACUUGCUGCAGAGGUGAAGAUGUACACACUCACUGUGUGUUUUGUGCUUGCUGGCCUCCUGGUCAACGUGGCCCUUACGGGGGCUGCGGAUGGUUCUUACGGACCACGGUACCCUAACGACGACAAGAGAUGUGAAGGCGGGGUGCCGGCCAGUGUAGUGGAAAGAUCCUUCAGAACCUGUGAGAAGCCCGUUGAAGAGGAAUAUUCGGAAAAUUACAUUUCUAGAGAGAGAGAGUCUUCCAGGUAUGCCUUUGACCCAGCCUGCCCCAACUACUUCCUGCAGAAAACUGGGUUGUCGGAAUACGACGGUGAGGUGGAGUAUGUGUACAUCUACAUGCCAGCCGCCCCCGGCACCGUCUUCAGCAUUGAAGAGUGCGGCCUGGUUGCCGUUGACGGGAAUGAUGUCCCUUCUGACUACCCUCCAAGAUACCCUCCAACCAAACCUCCUACCUACCCUCCAAGAUACCCUCCCACCAAACCUCCAACCGUCGCUCCUACCUACCCUCCAAGAUACCCUCCAACUGUCGCUCCUACCUACCCUCCAAGAUACCCUCCAACCAAACCUCCUACCUACCCUCCAAGAUACCCUCCAGCUGAGUAUCCAACCAAACCUCCAACCGCGCCUCCUGCCUACCCUCCAAGAUACCCUCCAGCUGAGUAUCCAACCAAACCCCAACCGCGCCUCCUACCUACCCUCCAAGAUACCCUCCAACCAAACCUCCAACCGCGCCUCCUACCUACCCUCCAAGAUACCCUCCAACCAAACCUCCUACCUACCCUCCAAGAUACACUACAACCGAGCCUACAACCGCCCCUCCUACCUAUGCUCCAAGAUACCCGCCAAGAUACCCACCAAGAUACCCACCAAGAUACCCUCCAGCCGAAUACCCUUCAGCCGAAUACCCUAAGGACGACGUACCAACCACUAGCAGAUACCCUGCACCUACCCUCAAGGCUACCCUGCUCGUAGGUCGCACCAACCAAACAUUCCAUACAAUGGGGAUGUCUCAGAGUAUUAGACUGGGACACCAUAUUGGCCAGAAAGGACAUGGUCAUCAAUGGUCAUCAUGGUCAUCAUGGUCAUCAGGCGAGUACCGCAGACGUUGGAAUCGUGGCGGAAUCUCUUCCUACAGCUUUGACUGCAACUUCCGCAAAUGGUUUAUGUCUGAAUUGGUAAACACUACCUCUGAGCUAUUUGAUCUUACUAUACUUGCGUGAUGACUCAUUAAACAAGCUGCCAUUAA